AGACAGAGGAGGAGGAGGAGGAGGAGAACCCGCCCCCUUGGAGCCCCCCACCCUCCCUCCCUCAAUCACCAGGAUGGCUGCGCGCGCCUGACCUCCCCCCUCCCUCCCUCCCUCCCUCCUUCUCCAAGACCCUCCCCUUUUCCCCCCAAUUGCCGGGAUGCUCCGCGACGCCCCUCCGGCCUUGGCCGCCCUCCUGGGGGGCGUCCUGUGCCGGCUCCUCUUCGCCUUCCUCUCCAGCGUGCCCAGCAUCCAGGCCAUGGAGGUGAUGGCCCCGCCCACCAUCUACGCCCUCAACGGCUCCUCCAUCCGCCUCACCUGCACCUUCAACUCCUGCUACCAGGUGGAGAAGAAGCAGUUCUCCCUCAACUGGACCUACCAGGGUUGUGACAACUGCACAGAAGAGCUGUUCCUGCAGUUCAAGCUGAAGGUGAUGCCCAUGGAAGAGAACCGCUUUGGGGACCGCAUCGAGUUCACUGGGAACCCCAGCAAGAACGACGUCUCCUUCACGCUCCGCAACGUGCAGCUGGAGGACGAGGGCACCUACCACUGCUACGUGAUGAACCCCCCCGACCGGCACAAGGGCCACGGCAAGAUCCAGCUCAGAGUCAUCACCGAAGAGCCCCCGGAGCGCGACUCCACGGUGGCGGUGAUUGUGGGGGCCACGGUGGGGGGCUUCCUGGCCGUGGUCAUCCUGGCGCUGGUGGCCGUCAAGUGCGUCCGGCGGAAGAAGCAGCAGCGGCUCAACACCGACGACCAGAAGACGGAGGAGGAGGGCAAGACCGACGGAGAAGGGAACCCCGAGGAGGGGGCCAAGUAGACUGAUUGCGGGAGGGACCCCCACUCCUGCCCAUACACACCUCCCAAGCCCCCUCCCUCGUGUGUCUCCUGGGCCACAGAGACAGAGAAGCCCCUUCCCCUUUGACUGCCUUCCCCUCUCUCUAUCUCCCUUUCAGAGGGGUCUCUGCCAAGAAUGGGGAGGGGUCUCCACAUUCUGAACCGCCCCUUCUCCCCUGGGUUGUUCCAUGCCAAGUGGUCUAAACCUUCCUACCACCAUGUCUCCAGUUUUGUUCACAUUUGAGCUAUAGCGCCAGUCAGGUUUUCAACUAGGUUUCCCCAAAUGUGAGGUCUCUGAGUGCAAUAAUUGCUGAUCUAGACCCUCUGAUUGGAAGGGUAGUCAUUUAACAAAAUGCCAUUUUUGGGGUCUAAUAACAUUUUAUAUUUUGUGCAGAGAGAGAAAAGAGGGAGCAACUUUUUCCAAAAGGGACAUCUGCGUUCUCACCAAAGGUCCCUCACAGUCCUGGUAGUCACUGUAUGGCUAUCCUGGUUUCAAUGUGAUACAUAAUGUACUUUGACCUGAGUAAAUGGAUAGUUAAUGUGUUGUUGAA